GACGCGCACACAGACCGGCGUGGAUCAAACUACACGUCCCGACGCGACGUCCAAGUCGCGAAUGCGUAAUUGCGCUCGUUUUUCACUGGCUGCUUCGACAAGGCGAGGUGGGCUGGGCUGGGCCGGGCCGGGCUGGGCUGGGCUAGGGGCCGAACGAGUGAGCGAGCCAGCAGCCAGUGUCGCUCGCUGAAGUGGCCGUCGCUGCCGGCUGACAUGUGCUCGUCAACCGGGGAGAGAAAAGUGGCAAAUGAACCGGUUGCCACCAUCACAGCGGGAGGACAAGCGGGGUCACGACAUGGCGGAAAAGCACCACUAAGAGGAAAUUCUACAACAUAGGCGACUACGUGGGGAUAUAUUCUCUGACGCACCUGACGGUGUGAGACUUUUGGUUUGACGAUUCGACUGCGAGAAUGGCGACCGGCCAAAGGUCCGAGGAGCUUCUCACUCGGCUGGCCGCCUUUUAACUGACUGACUGACUGACCGACCGACCUUUGACGCACGGGAGCGAGCCACGCUUGACUCUUUUGUUUUUCGUUUUCGCCGAGAAGGAACUUCUCGAUGCCUUUUUAAUGAUUCGAGACUUGAGCAAGAUGUACCCUCCGGCGCGGCAUCCGGUCCCGCACCAGCCCGGGCAGCCGUUCAAGUUCACCGUGUCCGAAUCCUGCGACCGGAUCAAGGAGGAGUUCCAGUUCCUCCAGGCCCAGUAUCACAGCCUGAAAAUGGAGUGUGAGAAACUGGCAAGUGAGAAAACGGAGAUGCAGAGACACUACGUCAUGUACUACGAAAUGUCCUAUGGACUCAACAUCGAGAUGCACAAACAGGCGGAGAUUGUCAAACGGCUGAAUGCAAUCUGCGCCCAAGUUGUGCCCUUCCUUUCUCAAGAGCAUCAGCAGCAGGUGGUUCAAGCGGUGGAGAGGGCCAAGCAGGUCACCAUGGCUGAACUCAACGCCAUCAUUGGACAGCAGCAACUCCAGGCGCAGCACCUCUCGCACGGCCACGCCAUCCCCGUCCCGCUCACGCCGCACCCGGCGGGCCUUCACCCACCGCUGCCCCACGGCGCCGGGAGCGCCGGCCUGUUGGCGCUCUCCUCGGCGCUCGGCCAUCAGCUGCCCCUCAAAGACGAGAGGAAACACCAGGAUGGCGCCGAGGAACACCCGAGAGCAGAGAGAGAUUCUGUCAAGAGCUCAUCUGUGUCUCCGUCCGCCAGUUUUCGGACUGGAGAGAAGCACCGAGGUUCCGGCGAUUACUCCGCCGACAGCAAGAAGCAGAAGACGGACGAUAAAGAGUUGAGCUCGACACGCUAUGAGAGCGACGGCGAGAAGAGCGACGACAACCUGGUGGUGGACGUGUCCAAUGAGGAUCCGGCUUCUCCCAGAGGAAGCCCCGCCCACUCUCCUCGGGAGAACGGAUUGGACAAGAGUCGCCCGCUGAAGAAAGAUGCCCCCCUGAGUCCCUCUUCUGUGGCCUCCUCCAGCAGCACCCCUUCGUCCAAAUCCAAAGAGAUGAAUUUGAAGAAUGAAAAAUCCACAACACCCGUUUCCAAGUCCAGCACACCCACAUCCCGCUGCGACGCGCCCACUCCCAGCGCCACCACCGCCAGCCUGAGGGCAGCUCAGCCCAGUAAGCCGGCAGGAGUCGAGGCGCUCCCACCUGGCCUGCGCACACCGCUGCCGCUGCCGUGCUCGUACCCCGGCCCCUUUGGAAUGCUCCCUCACCUGGGGAUGAACGGCGAGCUGGGCGGAGCGGGUGCCCCCUACACCGGCCUGCAUAGCAUGAGCAGUGUGGCCGCCGCGGCCGCCGUGGCCGCUUACGGACGCUCGCAAGUGGUGGGAUUUGACCCUCACCAUCACGUACGUGUCCCCGGCCUUCCUCCGAAUCUUUCAGGCCUUCCUGGCGGAAAAGCAGCCUACUCGUUUCACGUGAGCGCCGACGGGCAAAUGCAACCGGUCCCGUUCCCCCCGGACGCUCUGAUGGGCCCGGCCAUCCCGCGUCACGCGCGGCAGAUCAACACACUCAACCACGGGGAGGUGGUGUGCGCCGUCACCAUCAGCAACCCAACCCGCCACGUUUACACCGGCGGCAAGGGCUGCGUCAAGGUGUGGGACAUCAGUCACCCCGGCAACAAGACCUCCGUGUCGCAGCUGGACUGCCUCAACAGAGACAACUACAUCCGCUCCUGUCGACUGCUCCCCGACGGACGCACGCUCAUUGUGGGAGGUGAGGCGAGCACUUUGUCAAUAUGGGACUUGGCCGCACCCACUCCGCGCAUCAAGGCGGAAUUAACGUCGUCGGCCCCCGCCUGCUACGCCCUGGCUAUCAGCCCCGACUCCAAAGUCUGCUUUUCGUGCUGCUCCGACGGAAACAUCGCCGUCUGGGACCUUCACAACCAGACUCUGGUUCGACAGUUCCAGGGCCACACCGACGGAGCGAGCUGCAUCGAUAUCUCCAACGACGGCACCAAGCUUUGGACGGGAGGCCUGGAUAACACCGUCCGCUCCUGGGAUCUCCGAGAAGGCCGCCAGCUGCAGCAGCACGACUUCACCUCGCAGAUCUUCUCACUGGGAUACUGUCCAACCGGCGAGUGGCUGGCGGUGGGAAUGGAGAACAGCAACGUGGAGGUCCUUCACGUCUCCAAGCCUGACAAGUAUCAGCUCCACCUCCACGAAAGCUGCGUGCUCUCGCUCCGAUUCGCGCACUGCGGAAAGUGGUUCGUCAGCACGGGAAAGGACAAUUUGCUCAACGCCUGGAGGACCCCGUACGGUGCCAGCAUAUUUCAGUCCAAGGAGUCGUCUUCGGUGCUGAGCUGCGACAUCUCCGUCGAUGACAAGUACAUUGUGACCGGCUCCGGAGACAAGAAGGCCACUGUCUAUGAGGUCAUAUACUAGGGUGGGCCGAGGGCGCCGUUGGAUGAGGGAGGCCCGACCCCGUGUACCAUAUGUAAUGUGUAAAAUAGAGCUUUUCCUUGUUGCCGGGACUUUUGAAGGCUUUUCACAAGUUGAACGAAGCACAGAGAUUCUUUCAGUUGAGUGAAUGGGAUGUCCAUGCACACUGAGCAAACUGUAUGUUGUGAGAUCAUAUCCCUUUACUCCUUGGUUCUUUCUGUUUGCGGCACCAACACCAGCUUGUUUAUUGUUGACUUACACAAUGUACUCAUUUCCAUCCCGUGCGCGUGUGCGUGUGUGUGCGUGCGUGUGUCUGCUUGAAAGACGGCCGCGUUGGUCUUGUCUCCCGCACACGGUGCCUUUACGCUCCUCCUCCAACUGCAGAUACUUUCUCCAACUGAUGCUUUGUGGCAUCAUUUAUUGUCAAAUGAGAAUUGUUGCCCUGCUUUGUUCCCAGAUGUAAAACACACCACGCUAUUCAGUAUGGCACGUUUCUACUUUUCACAUUGGAGUUUUCUCACAGCCUACGGCGCCAUCCCUAAAGGACACGUGGGCUCGACUGACACUCGAAAAAUGCUCGAUGAUCCUUUUUUGGUCAAGAAACGACAUACACGCUGCACAACGUGACGGCAUGUUCAGUUCAAAACGAGUUUACCAAAAAAAAGUCACGCCGAGUGAGUCAAAUCAAUUUACCAUGGUAAAAUAUCAACAAGUAACGUUAACAAAAAUAAAAGUAAACAGCCAAAACACAACUGUUACAUAUUUUUCUGGAUAAAUGUAAAAGUCCAGCUGUUUUAUUAUUAUUGUUAGUAGUAGUAAAUCAUUUCCAUCGCAAAGUCUAAAUGUAGACUUUGGAAAUGAGUCAAAUAAAAUGAACAAUGAAUUAUUUUGAAUCAUACGAUGGGUCGCACUUGUGCAUAUGACAGCAUUUUUCAGUUCUAGUGCAGGCCAAUCUGUGCUCAAGUGUGGUGAAGAUGCUUGAUGCAGGAAUGGACGAGACUCCUUGGCUAGCCGCCUUUAUGUUACAAUCCGCUUUCAUCUCGUUCGUUAUUGCUUCAAUCAUGCAUUUUGGUUCUCAGUUGUUUUUCUACUGUCAAAAUAAACUCGGUAACUUGCCCUUUAUUUGUUUUUUAAAGAAACAACAAGCAAAAUGUUCCCGUUAUCGCUAACUCAAGCGGACACCAAACGAUUCCAUCCACUGGUGGUGCAUGAAACAUUCAACUCGGGAAGAAGUUCGGAUGGCCUUGUAUAAGAACUGUCCUUAUUUCACUUUGAAAAGAAACCUCCUGCUGUGCUGUGUUUCUUCUGUAUGAAUGCUCUUUGUUUUGUUUCUUUUUUUAAAUCUAGUCUGUAGUUGAUUUGAUUAAAUGAUUGUGUGGA